UCUUCUGAAACUCCAACGAACAGUUGGCGACAGGAUUUCAUCCCUUUUUGCGGCACGUCUAAGAAAGUCAGCAACUCCUUCUCGAAAGCGCACGGUUCAGAGUACGUGCAUGCGCUCUGCCCGCGAGAGGAAGCGCGCCGAUGAGAGCUCGUCCGUUUGCGCUUUGAGGGACGUUUGGCACUUUUGACAGCUUUGCGCACGGGGACGAGUUUGGCCAACGGCGACUUUGCGCGCCCCGUGCAAAACUGAGGAUUUUACAGUCCGAAAUUCUUUUCUUGUUUUUAUUGCAUCUGUUGGUGCCCCAUCAUUUUUUUUCGCAUGAAUCUACUAGAUCCAUACCUGAAAAUGACCGACGAGCAGGACAAGUGUCUCUCCGACGCCCCUAGUCCGUGCAUGUCUGAAGAUUCAGCCGGAUCGCCUUGUCCGUCUGGAUCUGGGUCCGACACCGAGAACACCAGACCGUCCGAGAACCGCGUCAUGGGACAAGACAGAGACUUUAAGAAAGACGACGAAGACAAAUUCCCUGUGUGCAUCAGAGACGCGGUGUCCCAAGUGCUGAAAGGCUACGACUGGACCUUGGUUCCGAUGCCGGUGAGGGUGAACGGCUCCAGCAAAAACAAGCCCCAUGUCAAGAGACCGAUGAACGCUUUCAUGGUGUGGGCACAAGCAGCGCGGAGAAAGUUGGCCGAUCAGUAUCCGCACCUUCACAACGCAGAACUCAGCAAAACUCUGGGGAAACUUUGGAGACUGCUGAAUGAAGGGGAGAAGCGUCCGUUUGUAGAGGAGGCCGAGCGUCUGAGGGUCCAGCACAAAAAAGAUCACCCUGACUACAAGUACCAGCCGAGGCGGAGGAAAUCCGUGAAGAACGGCCAGAGCGAGCCCGAGGACAGCGAGCAGACUCACAUCUCUCCCAACGCCAUCUUCAAAGCUCUGCAGCAGGCGGACUCUCCCGCCUCCAGCACGGGCGAAGUGCAUUCCCCCUCUGACCAUUCAGGAGGUUCACAGGGUCCUCCAACUCCGCCAACAACUCCGAAGACAGAUCUCCCGAGCAGUAAGCCUGAUCUGAAGCGUGAGUCCCGGCCCCUCCAGGAGGGCACGGGCCGACAGCUUAAUAUCGACUUCCGGGACGUGGACAUUGGCGAGCUGAGUAGCGACGUCAUCUCCACCAUUGAGGCCUUCGACGUGAAUGAGUUUGACCAGUACCUUCCCCCGCACGGCCACGCCGCCAGUGCCCAGGCAUACACGUCUGCCUACGGCCUGAGCGGCACGCCUGUGGGCCAGGCACCAGGGGCCGGAGGGCACGGCUGGAUGCCCAAGCAACAGCAGGCCUCGCUGACCCCGCUGGGUGGGGCAGGGGAACAGGGCCAGGGCCCACAGCGCCCUCCGCAGAUCAAGACGGAGCAGCUCAGCCCCAGCCACUACAGCGAGCAGAGCCAGGGCUCACCCCAGCACGUGACCUAUGGUUCCUUCAACCUGCAGCACUACAGUGCCUCCUCCUAUCCCCCCAAUGCUCGCUCGCAGUACGCUGACUACGCUGACCACCAGGGCGGCGCCACCUCCUACUACAACCAUGCCGCCAGCCAGGGCUCCGGGCUCUACUCCACCUUCAGCUACAUGAGUCCUGGCCAAAGGCCCAUGUACACCCCCAUUGCGGACCCCAGCGGGGUACCAGCCGUGCCCCAGACCCACAGCCCUCAACACUGGGAGCAGCAGCCAGUCUACACUCAGCUGUCCAGGCCGUAAGACAGAGAGCACCAGACUGAACUGGCCCAUCCAGAAAGAGGUCACCAAGGCUCUUGCUCCGUUCCCCGUACAAGCUGCAGAGAAAACAAACAUGAAAGGAGGACUUCUAUGAAAAAAAGAAAAAGAAAAUAUCAGAAUGGCUCACGACAGUGCCUUUUUGAAAUGCUCUGUGUUGCGAUUAUAUUUUUCUAGUUAUAAUGAAAAAGAAACUCGCUUGAAAGAGAUGAGUCCUCUGUGAGGACAUAUUUGUUAUAAAUAUUCUAGUAUGUACUGUGUAUGUAUUAUCUCUUUUGUUGUUUUCAGGUUUGCUCUCCGAGGGG